UGCCGGUGGCCGCGGCUCCCGGGCGCAGGGCGGGGCCGGAGGAGGGCGGUCCCGGCUGCACCGCCCCCGUCUCCGCUCGGCCUGGGCCCAGCGCGGGGCCGGUGGCGGGCGGGGGAGCGCCAUGGCGCUGGGCUCGGCGUGGAAGCAGAUGUCGUGGCUGUACUACCAGUACCUGCUGGUCACCGCGCUCUACAUGCUGGAGCCCUGGGAGCGCACCGUCUUCAAUUCCAUGCUAGUUUCCAUUGUUGGAAUGGCCCUGUACACAGGCUAUGUGUUCAUGCCUCAGCACAUCAUGGCAAUAUUGCACUACUUUGAAAUUGUGCAGUGAUGAAGAACAUGUUUUCAAGAAGUAACCGGGCUUUGAAAUCUGGUCUACAAAGAAGAAUGAGCCUCUUAAGUUUUACCAAGAUUUCUACUGAUGUCCGAAAGACACAAUUAUGACUCUGAAGACUAGGAAAUGAGAUAUGUAGAACAGGGAUGUGAGAUGUCCCCUAUGUUGUGUUCGUUCCCUUUAAUUUUACAAGAUAUGCCCUUGUAUAGUAGUUUUGUCUACUUUAACAUUGUGAUUGUACUUUGAUAUCAGUAUUUUCUUAACUUUGUGACAGUUUCAAUAUUGCACUGUGAAAGCUUUUCUUAAUUGUAAUUUUGAGUAAAUCUUAAUUGCCUUCUAUUUUUAAUCAGAAAGUCAUCUUAUUAAAUGGGGCUUAAAGCUUUUGCUAUUGUAUGGUAUGUAUUUGCCUGGAUAUUUCUAUUAAUGCGUUUUGUAAGAAAACACAUCUAGAUUCAUAUUAGAGACAUGGAUAUAUUCAUCUAAUGCUAUUUACAAAAGUUAGUUUGUAUGACUGAACUCAGGUGUACUGUUUGCUGUCCAAGCCUUGUUCAACAGUUUAUUUGUGCAUAUCACCUACAUUUGGAAUUAGCAAUUAUUUCAAGUUUCUGUAUUCUGCCUGUGGGAGGAGGGAGGGGAGAUGAGGCAUUGAAGCAGAGUGAAGACUGCAUUCAUUAUGUUUGAAGUAGUGCUGUGGUUCUGGACUCUGUCUGGGUGGGGGACAAAUGGACUUUUCUUUACUGGCAUUGGCCCACAUACGACUUUGGGAUAGCACUUUAAAUCUCCUGUUUUUCUAGCUACCAGUUCACUUUUACAGGAUGCUUUAUUAUGUUCCAAUGGCUAUGGUUUCUGCUGAUUUUCACUCAACAGUGUAACUAUGUCUAGGUUUUCAAGGGGUUUUCUAUUGCUGCUAGUGUUCCAAACAUGUUUUCGCUACAAACAACCAAAACAUAGGGAUUUCAAGGGACUUGAGUUACAACUACAGCAAUAAGUAGCUGAAUACUUGGCUGAAGUCCUAUCUUUUUUUUAAUAGGGAUUUUUUUCAGUUUUGUAUUCUGAAAUGUAAGAGGGUAACAACUUUCCUAAGUGCAGAAUUUUUUUGUUGUUGUUGUUGUUUAAAAAAUAAAAGUUAAAAAGCAGAGCUUUGAUGCAAAACUUUCUUGGAGAAGUUAAUGUGUUUCCGAGUGCUGCUUGCUUUUCUCAGAACUUCCCUAAAGUGAUACUUGACCAAAGAACUGUGAUUUUAACGGCCCAGUAAUUGGUACUAUUGCGUCUUUUAUGCAGCGUCUGUUGACAUCAGAAAUUAUAGAUGUACAGUAUCUAGAGAUAAUGUCUUUCAGAUUAUUUCAUUUUCUCAAACGUGUACUCAUGAGAAGAGAGUGCUUUUCCCUGUAUUUAAAAACUUCAUGUGUAUUUGAUUAAAAACCCUGUUGUUUUGGGAACUAAAAACAGUGAGCCUUAAACUUCUUAGAUGAACCUGAGCUUUCCUGAAGUUCGUAGGAGUUUCCCUCUAAUUGAGUGCUUUCACUUCUUAAUAACUGGCCAGCAAAACAUGGGUAGGUUUCUGGGAUCGUGGUUUUUUUGUGGUGUUUUAUUGUGGUUUUAUUUAAAUGUGUCCAGAGUUGUAUGUGAGUGUUUUAAGUGUACAUGGAAAUAAUGAUAAGUUAAUGUACUCUUUUUGAAGUAACAUAGCAUAAAUCCAAUCUCUCUGUGAAUUAAAUCAAUACUUGAUUGUAAUGUUUCUUUGCAAACUACUACCAUGACUGAUAACCUCUUUUUCAGCAGUAGAUAAUGUUAUUUGUAUGAGUGUGAGAAAAUCCCUUCUGUGUGGUGGCAUUAGGAAUGUUAAGCAUGAUUUUUAAUUGUGAAAUGCUUUAUAAAAGUCCUUUGAUAUACUGA